AGCGCGCACAGGAGCGGCCCGAGCACUCUAAAACCACUUAGCCAGACGAGCGGCGGCUGGGCAUGCUAACAGAACCCAAGUAUGAUCGUUUUCAGAACGGCUCGCUGACAUCCUCCGAGAAGCCAGCCAUGAGCAGCAAGGUCGCCGCGGCCACCCCGUCCCCGCCGCCCCCGGCCACCGCCCUGGCCCACCCUUGCCCUCCUCCGCUGGGCGACGAACAGGAGGCCGUGACCACUUUCUGCAUGCUGAUCCCUAAAAUGCCCCAGUGGAAAUUCUCCAGCCCUUCGGGCUUCCUCAGCCGCAGCCCUUCCAGCGCCAGCAAAGAGCUGUCAGCCUCGGCCAAAACAGGGAGCCCUGGAGAAGCCGGGACCGGUUCGGGGUCACCGUCGUCCUCUUCGGGCCUAGCUGCUGUCCUCAGCGCCUGUGAGCCGGUGUGUGCCGCACCUUGCAGCUUGCAGGUGAUGAGCAGGCUGAGAGGAGGGGCCAGGGGUGGGCGGAAGGCCCCUCCGGCCGAGGGGGCCAAGCUGGCCAGAGACGAAUGGAGCCGUAAAGGGAGCUUCAUCAGCAAACCGGUGCAGGGCUGGCUGCAUCCCGACGAAAGAGUUUUGGGCCCAGGAGUCUCUUACAUUGUUCGGUAUAUGGGAUGCAUCGAAAUCCUACGCUCAAUGAGGUCUUUGGAUUUCAACACACGGACGCAAGUCACCAAAGAAGCCAUCAACCGGCUCUACGAGGCUGUCCCAGGAGUCAAGGGAACUUGGAAGAAGAAGGCUCCUAACAAGGCCCUCUUCUCUAUUCUCGGCAAGAGCAAUCUCCGUUUUGCUGGCAUCAGCAUCGUCGUGAAUAUUUCCAUCAAUGGGCUGAACCUCAUGAUCCCCACGACCCGCCAGGGUUGUUCUGCCCCCCGGGGAUUGGGUUGCUCUGAGCUCUGGGGGAGUUUCUCUGCCCUCCCCACUGGACGACUCACCUUCCCGGCCCCCCACGCUCUGAUCUUGCUUGGAUCCGGCAUCAGCUCCAGCUGGAAAGGGUGGAUCGUCCUCUGCGAUGGCGGGAAACUCCUUGCUGGUCCUGCCUUGCUUGUGGGCCACUGUAGAGAUUAG